UGCCGCCCCUGCCAACCCAUCCCACCGUCCAUCCAUCCAACCCACCCCUCCGGGAGCUCGGUGCCGCCCCUCCCAACCCAUCCCACCGUCCAUCCAUCCAACCCACCCCUCCGGGAGCUCGGUGCCGCCCCUGCCAACCCAUCCCACCGUCCAUCCACCCUCCCCACCCCUCCGGGAGCUCGGUGCCGCCCCUCUGGCAGCGUGUCCUGUGCGGGCCCGGCCCGGCCGAAGCCGCGCGGGGCCAUGGCGGAGCUGCGGGCGCGCCUCGCGGCGCUGGAGCGGCGGAUGGAGCGGGCGGAGGCGGCGCUGCGGGACCGGCCCCUCGCGGCCCUGCGGCUCCACGGGGUCCCGGUGCUGUUCGAGGAUGUGGCAGUGCGGUUCAGCCGGCAGGAGUGGGCGAGCCUGGACGAGGGACAGAGGGAGCUGUACCGGAGCGUCAUGGAAGGCAACUACGAGAUGCUGGUGUCCCUGUACUGUGCCCUGUCCAAGCCUGAACUGUUAUUACAACUGGAAAGAGAGGAGCUGAGCACGCCGCCGGAAUCGGAGCCAGAGGCAGCAGAGGUGUCCCCAGAGCUGGCUGUAGAGCUGGCCCGACAGCACUGCACCAGCGAUGAGGCGCUGCUGGAGACAGAGACAUUGGAGAGGGGCUGCAGGGAGCCGGAGGAAAGUGGGAAUGUGGCAGAGGACAGUGGGAAUGUGGUAGAGGAAAGCAAGAACCUGGUGGAGAAAAGCAGGAGCCCAGUGGAGAUGAGUGGGAACCUGGCAGAGGAAAGCUGGGAUCUGAUAGUGAAAAGUGAGAACCCGGUGGAGGAAAGCAGGAAUCUGGCAAAGGAAAACGGGAGCCCAGCAGAGGAAAGUGGGAACCUGGCAAAGGAAAGCGGAAACCUGGUGGAGGAAAGGAAGAACCUGGUGGAGGAAGGCAGGAGCCCAGUGGUCCCGGAGAACUGCAGCACACCACCCGUCCCUCUGGAAGCUGCUGCUGUCCCGGCGGAUCUCGGCCAGCCGACCCCGUCCCUUCCCUGCCCGCUUUCCGUGCACUGCCAGGAACCAGUGGGUCAGAACUGUUCUCCCCCUGCAGCAGUAGAUGCUGAGGCGGGGAUCCCAAUGGAGGUGCCGCAGGAGGAGAUUGCUGCAGAGAAGCCAUCAAUGCCCAAAACACCCGCUAAGGGUCCAGAAGAGAACAAAGGUCUGGAAGAGGAGGCUGUGAAAGAUUCAGGGAAUACUGGCCAAGAUCUGGUGGCCGACAUUCCCAAAGAACCAGGAAAGGAGGUGACACCAGAUGUCUGCAGAAUGAUGGAACAGGCAGAUCCCAGCCCAGGGGAGCUGGAGAAGGAGUCCUGCGUGGGCCGGUCAGCGGCCUGCCAGCGAAAUGCCACCAGGCGGCAAUAUUACUCCUGCCCCAUCUGCAGGAAAACCUUCCUGCUGAAGAUCAACCUCCUGAUCCACCAGCGUGGCCACACCAACUGGGUGCCCUACGUCUGCGUCCACUGCAACCGCAAGUUCAUGUCCAAGAAGAAAAUCAGGCGGCACCUCCGUGCCUGGGCAGCCAACGGGACGUGCGUGCCCUCGGAGCUGGAGGUGUGUCCCAGCCAGGUGCCGUGCCCGGCAUCCCAUCCCCAGACCUGGGCAGCCAACGGGACGUGCCAGGCCUCAAAGCCAGAGGAGUGUCCCAGUAGGACACCGUGCCCAACAUCCCAGCCCCAAACCUGGGCAGAUAACAGCACCUGUCAGCCCUCGGAUGCGAAGGCGUGUCCCAGCCAGGGGCCAUGCCCGGCAUCCCAGUGCCCAACAUCCCAGCCCCAAACCUGGGCACCCAAUGGCACCUGCCAGCCCUCGGACGCGAAGAUGUGUCCCAGCCAGGGGCCACUUCCAACAUCCCAGCCCCAAACCUGGGCACCCAAUGGCACCUGCCAGCCCUCGGACGCGAAGAUGUGUCCCAGCCAGGGGCCACUUCCAACAUCCCAGCCCCAAACCUGGGCACCCAAUGGCACCUGCCAGCCCUCGGACGCGAAGAUGUGUCCCAGCCAGGGGCCACUUCCAACAUCCCAGCCCCAAACCUGGGCAGCCAAUGGCACCUGCCAGCCCUCGGAUGCGAAGGCACAUCCCAGCCAGGGGCCAUGCCCAACAUCCCAGCCCCAAACCUGGGCACCCAAUGGCACCUGCCAGCCCUCGGACGCGAAGAUGUGUCCCAGCCAGGGGCCACUUCCAACAUCCCAGCCCCAAACCUGGGCAACCAAUGGCACCUGCCAGCCCUUGGAUGCGAAGGCACAUCCCAACCAGGGGCCACUUCCAACAUCCCAGCCCCAAACAUGGGCACCCAAUGGGACCUGCCAGCCCUCGGAUGCAAAGGCACAUCCCAGCCAGAGGCCACGUCCAACAUCCCAGCCCCAAAACUGGGAACCCAGUGGGACCUGCCAGCCCUUGGAUGCAAAGAUGUGUCCCAGGCAGGGGCCACGUCCAAUGUCCCAGCCCCAAACCUGGGCACCCAGUGGGACCUGCCAGCCCUCGGAUGUGAAGGCACAUCCCAGCCAGGGGCCAUGCCCAACAUCCCAGCCCCAAACAUGGGCAGCCAACGGGACCUGCCAGCCCUCGGAUGCAAAGGCACAUCCCAGCCAGGGAUCGUGCCCAACAUCCCAGCCCCAACCAUGGGCAACCAACGGGACCUGCCAGCCUUCAGAUGCAAAGGCACAUCCCGGCCAGGGGCCAUGCCCAACAUCCCAGCCGCAAACCUGGGCACCCAGUGGGACCUGCCAGGCCUCGGAUGCAAAGGCACAUCCCAGCCAGGGGCCAUGCCCAACAUCCCAGCCCCAAACAUGGGCAACCAACGGGACCUGCCAGCCUUCAGAUGUGAAAGCACAUCCCAGCCAGGGGCCACAUUCAAUGUCCCAGCCCCAAACCUGGGCACCCAGUGGCACCUGCCAGCCCUUGGAUGCGAAGGCAUGUCCCAGCCAGGGGCCGUGCCCGGCAUCCCAGUGCCCAACAUCCCAGCCCCAAACCUGGGCACCCAGUGGAACCUGCCAGGCCUCGGAUGCGAAGGCACAUCCCAGCCCGGGGUCACGUCCAACAUCCCAGCCCCAAACCUGGGCACCCAAUGGGACCUGCCAGCCCUCGAAGCCAGACGAGUGUCCCAGCCAGGGGCCAUGCCCAACAUCCCAGCCCCAAACCUGGGCACCCAGUGGGACCUGCCAGCCCUCGAAGCCAGAUGAGUGUCCCAGCCAGCCCCUGUGCCCGUCCUCCCAGCCACAAGCCCCGAGCAGGGACUGCAGCGCAGUGUGGCAGGAGCCCGGCCCCGCCAGGUGCUCGCUGGCACCUGGGAAAAUGAUGUACACGUGCAACGAGUGCAUGGAAAACUUCUCCAGCCAGGGCUUCCUGACGGUGCACCAGCGCCGGCACUCCGUCCACCACCUCAUCCUGUGUCCCUGCUGCAACCGCAGCUUCACCUGGGUCUCGGACUUUGUCCGGCAGCACUGGGCGCACAUGGGCGUCCGGCCCCACCAGUGUGGCAUCUGCCAGAAGACCUUCAAGAGGUUCUCCCACCUCAAGGCGCACCAGAGGAUCCACGGGCGGCAGGAGCGGCCCUUCACCUGUGCCAACCGCGUGCCCAUCACGGAGGCACCUGCAGCAGGAGACGGGGUGGGAAGCCAGGAUGUGACCCCCCAGGGAUGAGGCGCUGCUGUCAGACCUUGAGGUGUCCUCCUGGGAAUGGGAGGCCACUGUUGGACCUCAGGGUGUACUCCCAGUGAUGGGAAGAUGCUGCUGAAAUUUGAGGUGACCUCCCAGAGACUUGAGGUGACCUCCCAGGAUGCUGCUGAUGGACUUUGAGGUGACCUCCCGGACACAGGGUGCUGCUGAUGGACUUUGAGUUGACCUCCUUAGGACAGGAGGCUGCUGUCCGAUCUUGAGGUGAAGAAUGGGAUGGUGCUGAUGGGAUUUAAGGUGUCCUCUCAGGAAUGGGAUGCUGCUGAUGAACUUUGAGGUGUCCUCUCAGGAAUGGGAUAUACUGAUGAACUUCAGGGUAUCCUCCCAGGAAUACGAUGCUGCUGUUGAACCUCGAGGUGACCUCCCAGGAAUGGGAUGCUGCUACUGGACCUUGAAGUGACUCCCAGGGAUGUGAUGAUGCUGCUGGACCUUGAAGUGACCUCAUGGGGACUGGAGGCCACUGUCAGACCUUCUCCCCUCUCUCCCUCUCCAGAUGAAGGAUGGAGCAUGGGCAACAUUUUCUGGCUCCCCUGCCCUGGUGUGGGGAUGGGGGCACCUGCCUGGCCCAAGCGAGGGGGGCUCCUCAUUCCCAAGCCCUGGUGGGGUGGGUGGGAUGCUGGGAGUGGGUCCCUUUUCUGGAGAGUGCCAAUAGAUGCUGUAGAAACCAU